CGACGGGUCCGGGCUCGCGCAACUUUCAGUUCACGGCCUACACGUCCGACGUGAGCAUCGGCGAGAUCUUCACCUCGCUAGCCGUCGGCUCGUGCGUGUGCGUACCCUCAGACUGGGACCGCAAGAACAACCUAGCGGGCUCGAUGCGGGACCUAGACGUAAACUGGGCCUUCUUCACACCCAGCGUGGCAGCCCUGCUAAAGCCUACCGAGGUCCCGUCGCUGCGCACGCUGGUAUUCGGAGGCGAGACGGCCUCGCCCGAGAACUUCCAGACCUGGGCGCCGGCGCUGUACCUCAUCAACAGCUUCGGGCCGGCAGAGUGCUCCAUCUGGACGCAUUGUGUCCCGCGGCCCAUCGCGGCCGGUAGUGAUGUGGGCAGCACCAUCGGCUAUGGCGUGGGCUGCGUGACAUGGAUUGUCGACCCUGUCAACUACCACCGCCUACGGCCGAUCGGGGCCGUUGGUGAAAUGUUAAUCGAGGGACCAAACGUUGCGGAUGGUUACUUCAACGAGCCCGGCAAGACGGCCAGCACUUUCGUGUGGGACCCGGCUUGGAAGCCUGCUGACCGCCAGGGAGGGCCCAUGCGAUUGUACAAGACGGGAGACCUGGCCCGCCAUCUCCCCAAUGGCAUGGUGCAGUACCUCGGCCGGUGUGACCACCAAGUCAAGCUCAACGGACUGCGCGUGGAGCUAGGCGAGAUCGAGCACCAGAUACGAGGGCUCAUUCACGACGACGGCAUACUUGUGGCUGUUGAAGUGGUAUCUCUCCGCGGAGCAGGCACAGAUUCGCUGCGCGUGCUGGCGGCCUUUUUUGCGCUCAAGGAAGCGCCCGCGGCCGAGGAGGACCGAGGCAACGACAAGGGCAACAGCGCCGCAGUCCCGAAGGAGGGGACCGAGCUUACAGACCUCCUUGUCCGAUCGAGCAUCCCGCGCAUGGCCGCCGCGUUGAAGGGCCUCGAGGUCGCCUUGCCCGCAGCCUUGCCCAGCCACAUGGUGCCGGCGGCGUACAUACCGCUGCGCGAGAUGCCACUAACCGCGUCGGCGAAGACGGACCGGGGGGCGCUCAAGCGCCUCGCGAGCACGCUGUCGGCCGAAGAGCUCACCCAGCUGGGUGCUGUGGCUGCGGGCGACCAGCAGGUCCGACAAGGACCGAGCACGGUGAUGGAACGCCUCCUCGCCCGGCUGUGGGCCGCCGCGCUCAACCGCAGCUUCGAGAUGCCUGUGGACGUGCGCGACAACUUCUUCAAGAUCGGCGGCGACUCCCUGGCGGCCAUGCGGCUCGUGUCCCUGGCCAUGAAGGACGGCAUCCGCUUGUCGGUCGAGCAGGUCUUAAGGCUGCCCAGGCUACGGGAUAUGGCACUGGCAGCCUCUCCGCUGAUAGACAAUACCACCCAAUCCAAAGAAGACGAGCAGCAAAGGCAUGACAAGGACAAGGAGAAGAAGGGGGGUGUCGAGGCGGCCGCAGCCCCGUUUGCCUUGGUUGGUGGGCCGCCGGCCAUAGCGAGCGCCUUACAGUCGGCGUCUGCGCAGCUGGGCGUGGACGAGACCGACGUCCAAGAUAUAUACCCUUGCAUUCCACUCCAGGAGGGUCUUCUAGCCCUAUCCCAGGGCACGCACCACAGCUACGUCGCGCAGAUGGUGUAUGAGCUGCCGUCGGGCCUUGACCUUGAGCGCUUCGAAUCCGCCUGGCGCUCCGUGUUUGAACAUUGGCCCAUCCUGCGCACACGCUUCUUCGCGUGGCGCCGAACCGACGGGACCUCGCGGUUAAUGCAGGCCGUGAUCAGGGAGCGCUGGGUGAGCUGGCGGCGGUCGGGCAGCCUCGCAGACUAUCUAGCGUUGGACAGUCGAGACCGGAUGCAGGUGGGUGACCGCAUGGUCCGCCUGGCUGUCUUGCACAACGAGGCCGGGGCCGGGGCCGGGGCCGGGUCCGAGAGCGGACAGCCAGCCUAUUUUGUCAUGACAGUCCACCAUGCCAUCUACGACGGGUGGAUGCUGGGUCUGCUGCUGAGCUCGGUCCGGCACGCAUAUGCGGGCCUGAGCCCGGCCGAGGGGGCGACACCAUAUCGUGCAUUCGUCGCCCACGUGGAGGCCCGCGACGCCGAGAGCAGCCGGACUUUCUGGCAGAGCUACAUCGGCGACGCCCCGCACUUGGGGUGGCCGGCGCUCCCGGGGCCAGCCUUCCGGCCACGUUCGUCGUCGGUAUGCGAGAGGACGGCCCUUCUGCCUACCGGCGGCCGGGGACAGACGAGCGGCUUCACCUCGACGGCGUUGGUGCGCGCAGCGUUUGCCAUCCUGCUCGGCGCCUACUCGGAUGCCGACGACAUCACCUUCGCGUCCACGGUAUACGGCCGUGCCGUCGUCCUCAACGAGGGCUCGGCCGCUACGGUGGCCGGACCAACCCUCGCCACAUUGCCCGUCCGCGUCCGCGUGCAACGGGAGCUGCUGCUGCGCGAGGUCAUGGCUUCGGUUCAGGCUGACGCUGCCGCCAUGCUGGCCCACGAGCAGGAAGGGAUGCAAAACAUCCGCAGGCUUAACCUUGAGGCCCUAGCCACGAUCGAUGCCCAAGCACUACUGGUAGUGCAAGCCGACGGCGAGGACGUUGUUACGAACCGAGGUAGCGUGGCACCCCAGUUGGUCCUGCACCCUAGGUCAACCUCCUCCGGGCUAGCCAAUGGCUUCCUCAGCAGCGCUAUGGUGCUUGAAGCGACCGUCUCGGGCGACAAGAUGCACUUGGUAGCUACGCACGACGACCGCAUCAUAACGGCACGCGCAGCAGAGCGGUUCUUGCGUCAGAUGUCUCAUAUCACGUCGCAGUUGUGCGAAGUCGGUGCCUCGGAACAAUCGGUGGAUCUGCGCGUCGCCGACCUGGAGCUGAUUCCUCCCGAGGACGCUGACGAGAUGAUGGGUUGGAACUCUGUCGUUCCCGCACCGGCCCGGGAACUGAUUCAUGAACUUGUCGCAGCGCAGGCCGCCGAGCAGCCCGACGCCGAGGCCCUUGUCUCGUGGGAAGGGACCCUCAAGUACCGGGAGCUCAACGAGCUGUCAGACCGGCUGGCUGCCUAUUUGUGGACGCACUGCGCACUCCGGUCUGGUGGACACGUGCCGCUGGUAUUCGAGAAGAGUAUGUGGACCGUGGUCGCCAUGUUGGCCGUCCUCAAGGUCGGAGCAUCCUGCGCGGCCAUGGAUCCGGGGCACAGCCCCGAGAAGCUGCGAGAGCUGGCGGCCGAUAUCGACGCCGGGUUUGUGCUGUGCAGCGAGUCUCUUCAGGAGCUGGCUUCCAAGGUGGGCAUGCCGACGUUCUCGGUUGGGCCGGCUACGUGCCUCGGUGGGGAGGGCCUGCUUCCAGGGGAAAAUGGAGCAUCUGACACUAUCACCCCCGACCAUGCCGCUUUUCUGUUGUUUACCAGCGGCAGCACGGGCAAGCCCAAGGCCAUCGUCAUCGACCAUGCCGCCUUCUGCAGCAGCAUCCGUGGCCAUGGCGAGACCUUGUGUUACCGCAAGGGAUCAAGAAACCUACAGUUCACGGCCUACACUUCGGACGUCAGUAUGGGGGAAAUCUUCACUUCGCUCAGCCGUGGCGCUACUGUGUGUAUUCCGUCGGAUGACGAACGCAUGAACGACCUUGCAGGCGCCAUGGAGCGGAUGCGGGUCGACUGGGCUUUCCUUACCCCUAGCGUUGCGUCGCUGCUCCGCCCGGAUCACGUACCGACCCUCCGCACGCUGCUCUUUGGUGGGGAGACUGCCACCGUAGCCAACGUGGAGAUGUGGGCAACAAAGGUGCAUCUCAUCAACAGCUUCGGUCCGGCCGAGACAUCCAUCUGGAGUCAUGCACACCCGCGCUUCCAAGAAACCGACGACGGCUCGGACAUCGGCUGGUCCUUGGGGUGCGCCACAUGGAUCGUCGAUCGGGAGAACCAUAAUAGGCUUAUGCCCAUCGGCGCUAUCGGCGAGCUUUUGGUGGAAGGACCCAACGUAGCGGCUGGCUAUUACAACAACCCGUCCAAGACGCGCGCUGUCUUCCUGAAGGGCGAGCAGCUCUCCUGGCUGCCAGCGAACAGGCGCACCAACCGCAUCUUCUGCUUGGGCGACCUGGCCCGGUGGAUGCCAGACGGGCGCGUGCAAUUCCUAGGGCGCCGGGACGCGCAGGUUAAACUGCACGGGCUCAAGGUGGAUGCGAACGAGGUCGAGAACGCCAUACGCGCCGUGCUGCAGGAUUCCGCCGAGGUUGCCGUCGAGCUGGUGCGCAGCCCAGAGCGGCACGCUGAAGACGCACGCCUUGUAGCCUUCAUAAGCUGCACUCCGCCCAACCUGCCACAGGACCGCCAACAACCCGCUAUCGUCCAAGAUAGGGAGACCCUCGAGCGUUUUGCCGUACGCGCUGCCGGCCUGCGCACCAAGCUGGCCUCGCGGCUGGCCACCUUUAUGAUUCCCAGCUUCUUCAUCCCCUUGACGGCUAUGCCGCUCAGCCAGUCGGCCAAGACGAAUAGAAAGCUCCUCCACGACCUCCUCGCUGGUCCCAUCCGGCACGGCUUUGCCCAGCUCGCCCACUUCACCUUCCCACAGCGAGACGAGAUACAGCCGCCCACGGGCCCGAUGGAGAAGAGGCUGCACGCUAUCUGGAGCUCGGCGCUGGCCCUGGAUCCCUGCGACUUCGGCGUUGAGGCCGACUUCUUCGAGAAGGGCGGCGAUUCCAUAGCCGCCAUGAGGAUGUCGUCGCUAGCUCGAGCUGUUGGCGUCUGGCUGUCUGUCCAGGACAUAUACGACCACCCCCGGCUGCUAAAUCUGGCCAGCGUGCUGGCCGGCCGAGCCCCAGCCGAGACAAUCAACGGCAUCGACCCACUCAAAGCCGAUGGCGUCGCGCCUUUCUCUCUCCUACCCACGCCUUUGCAAGGGCAAACACAAAACCUCAUUGCCAAAGCGGCCGAGGUUUGCCAAGUGCUUCCGGCCCAUGUCCUUGAUAUCUAUCCUUGUACACCUACGCAACGGUCCAUCGUGAGCAGAACCAUGGCUCGCCCGGGCGCCUGGUGGCUGCAUAACGUUUUUGAUGUUCCAGCGGAUAUCGAUCUCCCGCGUCUGGAACGGGCGUGGCACCGUGUUGUGCAGGCCCACGAUAUCCUGCGCACGCGCGUCUUGAUCCACGAGGGACACUACCUCCAAGCCGUACUCUGCCCGCCUACUGUGAUCCAGCACGUUCGGCACGACGCCGGGGGGACAUCGCUGCAGGAAUUCCUCGACAGUGACAUGCAUCGAUUACGACGAAUGCCGAGCUUGGAGGGCCAGCCGCUGGUCAGCGCCACCCUGUUAAACGAGGCGCAUUUUGUACUGACCCUGCAUCACUCGGUCUAUGACGCUUGGUCCUUAACCAACAUGUUUAACCAUCUCGAGCAAAUGUACCUAGCCGAUCGAGACCCCGGGACCGACGGUUACCACCCGCCCCAGUUCAAGUCGUUUGUGAAAGCCCUGCUCGACCAGAACCGCGCUCAGGCUGUUGACUUCUGGACCACGUCCCUUGCCGAAGCCAAGACCAAGCCGAUCGCCCAGCUCGACCAGCUCGACCAGGGCUUCACACCUAACAGAGUGCUGCGUCAUAGGAUAGAACUCCCUACCGGCGUCGGAGCCGGGGCCGGGGCCGGAGCUGGCACCGCCACACAUGCCGAAGUCACCUACGCCGCCGUAGCUCUUGCCUUGCACUGUCAGUCGCAGACGCCAGACACACUGCUCCGGAUUAUCUCGACAGGACGCACAUCACCGACAAUUCCCGACAUCGCGGAGCUGGUCGGCCCGACCGUGACCGUGGUGCCGCUACUUAUCCAACGUCGUACCACCCGGGUACCCGAGUAUCUUGCGCACGUGCGCGCACAGCUACGGCGUGCAGCACCCUUCGAGCACUUCGCCAUGGAUGAGGCGGCGCACCUAGCUCCCACCGCCGGAAACGCGUACCGUGCCGCGCCACAGGUCGUCGUGCACCCCCACGACCCCUAUACCGAGCAGCCGGCCACCAAGAUAAACCUGCGCCGCCGCGAACUGUCGGUUCUCGCCGGCGAUGGCGCGGCAUUCACCGUCGAUGUGUCACUGGUGGUGCAGGGCAAGGUGCUGCAGGCGCUGGAUGUCCGUGUCAUAUUCGACGACCGCGCCGUGAACGAGAAGUCUUUGCGGCGGCUCAUCGCCGACCUCGACCUCAUCACACGGCGGCUCAUGUCGGGCGCGUAUGGAGACAAGGAUACAGCAGCGCUGACCAAGAUGGAGUCGGAGGAGAGGAAGACGGAGUAAUCGGAAUUGUCUUCUGUAAUAGCCGCUAAGCUGUCAGCAACUCGAUAGAACAAGCCAGGAAAGCGUAGACCAUAUCUGAGUACUAGCCGUUAGCGUACCACCCCCCUUCAUGUGCGCCCUGCUCGUCGACUUUGCAGAACCGGAGUGGAGGAUACCAAGUACACGCCUUCUUCAAUACUUCCUCGGUGUUUCGCCUGAUUUUAGGCUCCGGUAGGGACGGGAAUUCUUCCGUAC